AUGUGCCGCAGAGCCUCCCACGUGUUCGUGUCCUUCCCCAGCCCUGCGUCGAAUCGACACGUGCCAUGGUGCAUCGACACGGCCCCCUUGAGAUAUUGUUCUGAUUUCUUCGAAGUCGCGAGCAACCCGCAACGAGUACGCUGUUUGAGCUGCUGGGGUCACGACCAUUCGAAGUCUGGGCACGAAAUCCCGUCUACAUCCUCCAAAAGGCUAUGGAAGAUAAGGCCACGCGACGUUUCCUUCAGCCAGGACUCCAUCGGAAAAGCAUUCAAAGAUGGCAACACUUUGGACGGCACAAUGGCCAAAAUCAGGUCCGGAGAAUGCAAGAUUGAGGACAUCGAGAAGAUCCAGAUCACAUGGCAUUCCCACGUACGAACGUCUCCGGGCAAGCCGCGCUGGUGGAGCUUCACCGGCAACCGGAGGCUUUCGCUAUACCGAAAGCUUGAGGAGGAAGGUGCCUUGGAGUUCAUUGUGGCCGAAUGGGUCAACAGUACCGUGCCUGACUGGCGCAUGACCACCCGCAAUGCCGACGAACGCCCAGUGGUGCGGCAGAAAUCGCGGCGCUGA